UUCACUCACUGCCACUGCCUUCUGCCUUGUGCCUUGUGCCUCCAAUCCCAAGAACCCAACUUUAUCAUCCCCCUUUUGCUGAUCCGGAUCCGCCCCAUCCCCCCUCGGUUCGGGUCCUGCCCCGUUUCGCAUGAGCCCGGACCCUCCACCAUCCUCCCGAUGGACGCGCCCCUAGUCAACGCAUCCUCCUUCUCCGCCGCCAACCCGUCCGCCUACACCUUGGCCGAGAUUUGGCCCCUGGGCGUCGGCGGCGGCGGCGACCCCCCCGGCAUUGUCGGGUCGGUGGAGGAGUCGACGGUGACGGAGCAGAGCGGCAGCGGGUGGAAGAGGAAGGAUGCGAGCUCCGAGGACGAGUCGUCGAAGAUGGUGUCCUCGAGUGGCGUCGUGGGCAGUGAUUUGAACAAUUCAAAUGGUACCAAGCGCACGAAAAUAGCCGGAUCCCGCGAUGAGAAUGGUGGUUCCAAAGCUGAAGUAGAGGCAAAUUCUGUUGCUUGUAAUAAGUUGUCCGCGGAACAAAGUGCUAAACCGUCUGAGCCGCCGAAGCAAGACUACAUACAUGUGAGGGCGAGGAGGGGCCAAGCGACGGACAGUCACAGCUUAGCAGAGAGAGCUAGGAGAGAGAAGAUUAGUGAGAGGAUGAAAAUUCUACAAGAUUUGGUCCCUGGUUGCAAUAAGAUCAUUGGAAAGGCACUGGUUCUUGAUGAGAUUAUCAAUUAUAUCCAGUCAUUGCAGCACCAGGUUGAGUUCUUGUCGAUGAAGCUCGAAGCAGUCAAUUCAAGGAUGGACAUCAGCCCGGCAGUGGAAGGCUUUGUUGCCAAAGAUCUCAUGUCACAGCCUUUUGACGGUACUGGCAUGAUGUUUGCCUCACAAGCAGCGAGGGAUUACAUGCAAGGCUCACAAGCACAACCGGAUUGGCUUCAUAUGCAGACCGGUGGCGGUUUUAAGAGAGAGACUUGAUGACAACGGACUUGCUCGACUUAACUUAGGAUCGAGGGGCCAGAUUAACUAUUCAGGUCCGCGUCAAUAUGUAACAUGAACUUUAUUGUUGGUGCCGAAUCCACAAAGCGAAAAUUGUCGGUCCAUUCUCAAUUAUGUAAUGCCUAAUCUUAGCAGGUAAUGCAUCUGAUUUCCAUCUGCACUAUCUAACCAGAUCAGAUACAGCGUACACUGUUUAUUUGUGGCUUCUUGAACAUGAUAUAUGAGGAAGCAAAAUUCUACGA